AUGUCAGGAAACGAAGUGCUCACACCUCAAUAUACAACUGAGCAAAUUGCUCAAUUCAAUAAAGAACUUGAAGGUAAAUCACCUCAAGAUAUACUACGAUGGGCUAUCGAUAAUUUAGAUGGAUUAUACCAAACUACAGCAUUUGGAUUAACCGGUACAGCUGCUUUGGAUAUGAUAUCGAAGAUAUCUCAGGAAAGGGAAGAAAUUCAUCUAGUCCCAUUAAUAUUCAUAGAUACACUUCAUCACUUCACCGAAACAGUUGAAUUAUCCCGAACAGCUUCCGAAAACUACUUAGCAGAAUUGCACACGUAUAAACCAUUGAACGCUACGAAUCCCGAAGACUUCGCCAAAGAAUAUGGAGACAAACUUUGGGAAAAAGAUGAAGCGAGUUAUGAUUAUUUAGUUAAAGUUGAGCCUGCCGCAAGAGCGUAUAAAGAAUUAAAUGUGAAAGCUGUUAUAACGGGAAGGAGAAGAAGUCAAGGUGAUGAUAGAUCAAAUUUAACUGUCCUAGAAGUUGAUGAAAGAGGCCUGAUCAAAGUCAAUCCAUUGAUCACUUGGUCUUAUAAGGAUGUGAAAAAGUAUAUUGACGACGAAAACGUGCCAUACAACCCAUUACUCGAUCAGGGAUAUAAAUCUAUUGGCGAUGUCCAUUCUACAGCUCCACCAGAUCCAAACGCAGCCGAUGCAGGUGAAAGAAGUGGUAGAUGGCAAGGUAAAUCAAAAACCGAAUGUGGAUUGCAUACGAAUUACUUUGAGAUGAAGAAGAAAUUCGAGGAGAAAGCUAAAAAUGGUAGUGCAUAA